AUGGUCGGCUUCACGGAUCUCCUGGCCGGGGCAUGGCUGAUGCCUUUGGUCUAUGGUGCGAGUCAGUCAGUCUUAACCACUACAUCCACUUCGAACCACCCGCAGUUCACUAUUCCUGUCUCUGCCGACGUGGGUGCACAGUUGAUCGCCAACAUCGAUGAUCCGGAGGCUGUCAACGCCCAAUCGGUCUGCCCAGGCUACAAGGCAUCAAACGUGCAGCAGAGUACUGGCGGCUUCACGGCCAACCUGAACCUCGCUGGGAAGCCGUGCAACGUCUAUGGGACGGAUGUGGACUCGUUGACCUUGACUGUGGAGUACCAGGACUCGGACCGAUUGAAUAUACAGGUUCUUCCUACCUACAUCGACGCCUCUAAUGCGUCCUGGUACAUUCUUUCGGAAAGCCUGGUGCCUAGACCCAAAGCCUCCUUGAAUGCAUCCGUCUCCCAGAGCGACUUCCAGGUAUUGUGGUCAAAUGAGCCGUCUUUCAACUUCAAGGUGGUCCGGAAGGCUACAGGUGAUGUCCUCUUUGACACCGAAGGAAGCGUCCUGGUGUACGAAGAUCAGUUCAUCGAGUUUGUGACAGCGUUGCCGGAAGAAUAUAAUUUGUACGGUUUGGGAGAGCACAUCGCCCAGCUUCGUCUUCUUCGAAAUGCCAAUCUUACCAUGUAUCCUGCGGAUGAUGGAAAUCCCAUUGAUAGCAACAUCUACGGGCAACAUCCAUUUUACCUAGAUACCAGAUACUAUAAGGCGGAUGGUCAAAAUGGAACCUACACCCCUGUUAAGAGUAGCGAGGCAGAUGCUUCCCAAGAAUACAUCUCCAAUUCCCAUGGCGUGUUUUUGAGAAACUCUCACGGACUGGAGAUACUCCUGCGGUCCCAGAGCUUGACAUGGCGGACUCUAGGUGGAGGAAUCGACUUGACAUUCUACUCAGGUCCAACCCAGGCCGAUGUCACCAGACAAUAUCAGGUCAGCACAGUGGGACUGCCUACAAUGCAGGAAUACCGGACCCUUGGAUUUCAUCAAUGUCGCUGGGGAUACAACAACUGGUCCGAGGUGGCAGAUGUUGUUUCCAAUUUUGAGAAAUUUGAAAUCCCCCUCGAAUAUAUCUGGAGCGACAUUGAUUACAUGCUCCAGUAUCGUAAUUUUGAAAACGACCCGAAUCGCUUUUCCUACAGCGAAGGCGAGGAGUUUCUCGACAAACUCCAUGCUAGUGGACGCCACUAUGUUCCGAUUAUUGAUGCGGCCCUCUAUAUCCCGAAUCCCGAUAAUGCCUCCGAUGCAUAUGAGACCUACAACCGAGGUGCUGCUGAUGACGUCUUCCUCAAAAACCCCGAUGGCAGUCUCUACAUUGGAGCUGUCUGGCCAGGAUAUACAGUCUUCCCUGACUGGCAUCACCCCAAGGCGGUUGACUUUUGGACAAACGAGCUUGUCCUUUGGUCGAAGAAGAUAGCAUUCGAUGGGAUAUGGUGUGAUAUGAAUGAGGUAUCCUCCUUCUGCGUGGGAAGCUGUGGCAGCGGGAAUCUGUCGCUGAACCCGGCACACCCCCCGUUCCUGUUGCCUGGUGAGACAGGUGAUAUUAUAUUUGACUACCCCGAGGCUUUCAACAUCACCAACGCCACCGAGGCAGCCUCCGCUUCGGCUGGUGCUGCUAGCCAGUCCGCCGCGACCGCGACCACGGCCACGACCACGACCACGACCUCAUAUCUGCGCACGACGCCCACCCCCAGCGUCCGUAACGUGGAGCACCCACCCUACGUGAUAAAUAACGUGCAGGAGGGACACGACCUCAGCGUCCAUGCCGUCUCGCCGAACGCGACUCACGUGGAUGGCGUCCUGGAGUACGACGUGCACAGUCUCUUUGGCCACCAAGAGCUGAACGCGACCUACCAGGCCUUGCUCCAGGUCUGGUCGGGGCAGCGCCGACCGUUCAUCAUUGGCCGGUCCACCUUUGCUGGCUCGGGCAAAUGGGCGGGCCAUUGGGGCGGUGACAAUAAUUCGAAGUGGGGAUCUAUGUACUUCUCCAUCUCGCAGGCGUUGUCCUUCUCCCUGUUUGGCAUUCCGAUGUUUGGCGCCGACACCUGCGGAUUCACUGGGAACACGGACGAGGAGCUCUGCAACCGAUGGAUGCAGCUGUCGGCUUUCUUCCCGUUCUACCGAAACCACAACGAGCUGUCGACCAUUCCCCAGGAGCCUUACCGAUGGGCGUCGGUCAUCGAUGCGACCAAGUCCGCGAUGAGAAUACGGUAUGCCAUACUGCCCUACUUCUAUACGCUGCUGGAUAAGGCCCACACCAGUGGAUCUAUCGUGCUGCGUGCACUUGCAUGGGAAUUCCCCAACGACCCCACUCUGGCUGCGGUGGACACCCAGUUCCUCGUCGGGCCGUCCAUUAUGGUGAUUCCGGUGCUGGAGCCGCAGGCGAACACGGUCAAGGGCGUCUUCCCGGGAGUUGGACACGGCGAGGUGUGGUAUGACUGGUACACGCAGACGGCGGUCGACGCAAAGGCUGGGGUCAAUACGACGAUCCCGGCACCACUCGGCCAUAUUCCGGUGUAUGUCCGCGGCGGCAGCAUCCUGCCGAUGCAAGAGCCGGCAUUGACUACGCGCGAUGCCAGACAGACGCCUUGGGCUCUACUGGCUGCACUGGGCAGUAAUGGAACCGCAUCGGGGCAACUCUACCUGGACGACGGUCAGAGCAUCUACCCCAACGCCACGCUCCAUGUUGAUUUUACGGCAUCGCGUUCCCGUCUACAGGCGUCCGCACGGGGCACCUGGAGGGAAAGUAACCCGCUGGCGAAUGUAACGGUGCUGGGAGUGGGUGCACAGCCCUCUACGGUGACGCUGAAUGGGCAAGAGGUGUCACAGGGAUCGGUCCAGUAUAACUCGACAUCGCAGGUCCUGUUUGUGGGAGGACUGCAGAACCUGACCAGGGGAGGAGCUUGGGCGGAGAAGUGGGUGUUGGAAUGGUAG